UUGGGAGAAUACGUGUAUUAGUGUUUUUUUUUGCGUAUGACUCGUCCUAUGUGUAUGCUGCGUAUGACCCCACCCCCCACUCCGAGACGAGGGUCCCGCUGAACAGUUUGCAAGUGUUGGCAAGUGUAGUUAUUAUGAAAGAAAAAUACAUUUGCCACCAUGAUAAAUGAGUCAUUGUGGAAAAUACUAAACUGUUCUCAAGCCCUGUAUAAUAAGGAGUGUUUCUGUGGCGUUAUUUCUACAUCAUCUGUGAUUUUGGCUGUUUGUCACUCUGAACACUUCUUAGCACGUACCACGAAAUAACACCAAACCGGCUGGACUAAAAAAGUGAAGCUUUGGACUUGACGUGACAGAUUUGUACUACUUGAACCGCCUACUUUUUACCUCACAAAUAUUGACUCUCGUCUAGUUCCUAUAACUCGCAUAGUUAGUUUCCACUAAGCUUCAGUUGAACAUGGGGGUGUCUGGAGAAAAACUGCGUCUCGUGCUACUGCUGGAGCUUCUCUUUACAAGCUAUUUUGCUGCUUGUUUUGAUGUCACUCUUCUCCACACCAACGACGUCCAUGCCAGGGUAGAAGAAACUAGCGUGUACUCAGGAAAGUGUGAUCCAGGAGGAGAGUGCUACGCCGGAGUCGCUAGAAGAUUAACAAAAAUAAACAGUAUCCGAAAAACAGAAGAAAACGUUUUACUUCUGGAUGCUGGGGAUCAAUAUCAAGGAACGAUCUGGUUCAACUAUUACAAGGGAGACGAAGCGGCUCAUUUUAUGAAUCGGCUGAAGUAUGAUGCCAUGGCCUUAGGGAAUCAUGAAUUUGACAAUGGAAUGGAAGGAUUAAUCAGCCCUUUUCUUCAGAAAGUGAACUGCUCAGUACUGAGUGCUAAUAUGAAACCAGAUCAGGAACUGGCUGACAAAAUAAGUGGAUUAGUCCUGCCCUAUAAAAUCUUUACAUUGGGCUCUGAGAAAGUGGCUGUGGUCGGGUACACAACAAAGGAAACACCAACCCUAUCCACACCAGGACCGCAUGUAGUGUUUCAAGAUGAGGUCCAAGCCUUACAGGUUGAGGUAGACAAAUUAAAAACACUGGGAAUAAACAAAAUCAUUGCUUUGGGCCAUUCUGGAUUUGAAACGGAUAAACUAAUUGCAAAGAAAGUGAGUGGCGUUGAUGUUGUUAUUGGUGGACACUCAAACACAUUCCUUUACACAGGUACACCUCCCUCCAAUGACGUCCCUGCUGGUCAGUAUCCAUUCAUGGUAGACUCUGAUGACGGGCGUAAAGUGCCAGUUGUGCAGGCCUAUGCUUUUGGAAAGUACCUUGGCUAUCUUAAAGUCACCUUCAAUAAGGAAGGGAAUGUUGUGGCGGCUAAGGGGAACCCUAUACUUCUAGACAGAACUAUAACGGAAGAUAAGGAGUUGCGUGCAGAGGUUGAUUUGUGGAAACAGAAGCUCAGUAAUUAUUCGGCUCAAGUUAUUGGGAAGACCAUGGUGUACCUUAAUGGGACUACUCAAGAGUGCCGCUUCCGGGAAUGCAACAUGGGGAAUUUAAUCUGUGAUGCAGCGAUUAACCAUAAUAUCAAAUUCCCUGACGAGCUGCGCUGGAACCAUGUGUCGCUUUGCAUUAUUAAUGGAGGAAGUAUUCGAGCCCCAAUCAGUGAGCGCAGUGGAAAUGGAACCAUUACUUUGGAGACCCUAACUGCUGUAAUGCCCUUUGAUGGUACUUUUGAUUUAAUCGAGCUAAAGGGAUCAACACUGAGAGCUGCAUUUGAGCAUUCUGUAAGGAGACAUGGGCAGUCUACAGGGGAGUUUCUGCAAGUGUCUGGCAUACGAGUUGUCUUCGACCUUUCCAAAGCACCGGGACACCGCGUGAAGAAGCUUGACGUUUUGUGCACUAAAUGCCGUGUGCCAUAUUAUGAGCCACUGGACAUCAACAAAACUUACAAGGUUGUCAUUCCAUCCUAUGUAGCGGGCGGAGGAGAUGGCUUUGCCAUGAUAAAAGAAGAGAAACUCAAACAUGACACUGGUGAUCAAGACAUAUCUGUUGUCUCGGAAUACAUUUCUGCAAUGAAGAAGGUUUAUCCAGCAGUGGAAGGACGGAUUCUAUUUUCAGGUUCUGUCCCCACAGGGCUGCUCUCCAAAGCACACUUGAAGAUGGUGCUGCUAUCACUGGCCUUUUUCUUGGCUUCCAUAGUGUAGAACAGCAGCUCUCAUGCAUUAAUGUGUUUCAACUUUAAAACUAAAUAAACAAGCCUGCUGUGUAAUUUAAAGUUGUCUUACAUUUUAACAAAAUAGUACCAACAAUUUUUUUUUCUUUUUUUUUUCGUAACAGCUUUUUUAAACCAUUCACUGCUGCAAGUCGUUCUUUUGAAGUCCAUCAUAGUCUUUUGUUUCAGUGAGGCAAAAUAUGUUUGCUGGGCUCAGGAGAACUAAUUUUACAGAAUCCUUACCAAGACAUGAAUCCUUGCAUCUGUAGCGCCUCCAAAGGUUAGACUGAUGCAUGCGUCUUUAUGUGUGUGUGUGUGUGCACCAUGGGCAUUAAGUCUACACUCAAUAAUGUACUGUAUUUCAGAGAUAAAAUUCGUCAGGGAGCUGCGGAUAAAUGGGGUGCAGAUAAAUGAGGUUCUACUGUGUGUGUGUGUAUAAAUAUAAAUCAGGGCGGUAGCCAGCCAUGAAAAAUCAGAGACGCACAAUACAUAAUUAGUAUGAUUUUAACCGAGGCCCAUAUUGCAAAGGACCUGUAUACAGGCGUAUAUUUGACACAAUUAUAAAAUAGUAACUAUACCAUCUGAAAUAUUGGAUGAAUCUAAUUAUAUUAGUCGAGGAACACUUUUUCUGGCAUUGUGGUCAAAUGAUAAAUUGUAGAAUAAAAACAAUCUGAUCUUUGGUGUCUUUUUCCUGAAGACAUUUUAAAGAAAUUGUGCAGCUCUAUGCAGUGUGUUCAAUUAUUUACUGGAAGCAAACUAAACCAGCUGCCAGAUUCCUAAAUUCAGGUACAGCUUAUCUCAUUGCUACUCUAAACUAGUGCAAAAGUAUGUGUGAGGAUCCACAUCACAAGACAGCGUAAGAGAUACAGAGGCACGGACAUUCAUUUUGCUAAGCAUCACAAACGUACUGUAUAGAGGUAUAGACACUGCCACUAUUAUCCACGCUGGAGAAAAUAAAGGAACAAGGAAUGCAAAUUAAGUACUUGUGAUUGUAAUAUUUAAUAAGAUUAUGUGCCAUUUCUCCACACCUCUCUAUUGACCAGUAUCACAGAGACAGAAAAUACUUAUAACAAGCACAGGGACAACAAACCAACAAAUCAAUGUAAAUACCAGUGUGGGUGUGAGUGCCAAGAUAAUAAACCUGCGUCUUUGUGGGAUAUACUUUGAGGAAGUUCAAAAUGUGCCUUAUGCUAUGCUUACUGCACAUAGUGAACAUAUUUAUUGUGGCUAUUCACAGUUUAAAAAAAAAAAAGUAAUAUUUGUAUGAAAUCAUCUCCAUUUUGUUUAUUAUUAUAUAAAAUAAAAGAUUUGUUCUUUAAAUU